AUAAAAGUAAUUAAAAUCUCAUACGUACUUUUGGUUCAAUCGAUCUCUAAGGAGCAAGAGCUUUGAAGGUCACCUUGAAAGACCGCGAAAGCUCAAACGAGACGCUCGGAACGUCAGAAACAUUUCGGUACAUGGUAGAAAUCACGUACGAUGGACUGAAGGAAUGUGCCGGCUAUAAGUGAAUUAAGGAGAGGGUAGAGUAUUUAGUAUUAUGCCUGUGAUUGCAACAUGUUUGUGAUCGCUUGCAUUUAGUAAAACGUUUCUCGGACGUUCCCGGCAAACGCGUGCGACAUUCCGUUGAUACCAAACGUGUGCGUUUGGUUUAUUUUGUGUAAUCACAAGAGUUUUUGUUAGAAGUAAUCGACCGUUAUUUUAAAUUAUCACCAUGGAUGAUGCUGAUGUACCAGCAAAAGGAAAUAUAUUCGGAAAGGUGGUGCCGGCGCGGUAUGUACUCGCCGUGCUGGGCUCUAUUGCGAUGGCGAUUGUCUAUGGUUUGAAGGUGAACCUGUCAGUCGCUAUGGUGGGCAUGCUCAACCACACCUCUAUACGACUGUCCUCGCAUCCUGACAGGAACCACCUGGAGUUGAGCAACUACACGGCACCUAGUGACGUCGAAUGUCAACCCACUUCUGGUGAAGGUCAUGUCACGGAAAUGGAUGGACCAUUCGAGUGGUCAUCGGAAAUUCAAGGCAUAAUCCUCAGUUGCUAUUUCUGGGGUUAUUUCGUGUCUCAAAUACCCGGUGCUCGAGUGGCAGAACUCUUCUCAGCGAAAUGGGUGAUGUUCUUCAGCGUGACUAUAAAUGUGGUAUGCACACUACUGACACCUGUCAUGGCGGAGGCCCAUUACAUUGCAGUCGUAAUUAUGAGAAUAGGAGAAGGUAUUGGCGGGGGCGUAACAUUUCCCGCAAUGCACGUAUUGCUGUCAAAAUGGGCGCCGCCGGCAGAGCGCAGUGUAAUGGCGGCGUUGGUUUACGCGGGAACAUCGCUCGGUACUGUCAUAUCGAUGCUGAUGGCGGGCAUGCUUACUGCAUCGUUGGGUUGGGAGAGCGUGUUCUACGUGAUGGGAGGUCUAUCAUGCCUGUGGUGCGUGCUGUGGGUGACGCUGGUUCAGGACACGCCGCAGCAGCAGCCACUCAUCAGCAUCGAAGAACGGGAGAUGAUCAUCACCUCGCUGGGAGGGAAGACCAAUGAUCAUAGUCCACACAAGAAGUUGCCGGUGCCGUGGCGCGCGGUCCUGACUUCGCCUGCGUUCCUGUCCAUCCUGGUGGCGCAUGCUUGCUCCAACUGGGGCUGGUAUAUGCUGCUCAUCGAGCUUCCCUUCUAUAUGAAGCAAGUCCUCAAAUUCAACAUGACUGAGAAUGCAGUAACCACGUCCCUACCAUUCCUCUCGCUGUGGAUCUUCAGCAUAGCGCUGAGCCGCACGCUGGACUGGCUGCGCGGCAGGAACAUCAUCACAACCACCACUGCUAGGAAGAUUGGCACUUUGUUCGCGUCGCUGGUGCCGGCGGCGUGCCUGCUGGCGCUGUGCUACGUGGGGUGCGCGCGCGGCGCCGCGGUGGCGCUCACCGCGCUCGGCGUCACCUGCAUCGGCGGCAUGUUCUGCGGAUUCCUCUCCAACCAUAUCGAUAUUGCGCCUAACUUCGCCGGUACCCUCAUGGCCUUGACGAAUACAGUCGCGACUAUUCCCGGUAUUGUUGUACCCAUUUUCGUCGGAAUAUUGACACAUGGAAACCAAACCAUAUCAGCGUGGCGCGUCAUCUUCUUCGUGACAAUAGGGUUGUACAUAAUAGAGAUAAUAGUGUACACGUUGUUCGGGUCCGGAGAGCAGCAGCCCUGGAACAACCCACCGGAGGACCACGAGGAAGAGGGGGCCAACAGACCUUUGAAUUCCACUACGGAGAAGACACAUGUUUAAACUUAUUAAGGGGGGAUAAAAAAGUUAGAGCCAUGGCUCUAGAUGCACCACAUAUACAUAAAGCGAUUUUAAUUCAUGCUUCAUGUUAUGUCGCUAUUGGACAGUAAGACAGCCAACUGUCGCUAAUGAGACAAAAAACCAUACCAAGCGCAACUGUCCAAAAAGUAGAGCCGCGUCUCUAUUCACAAGAUAAACAUAAACUGAUUUUAACGCUUGGUUUAUAUUAUGCCAGUAAUGUUGGACAAUAAGACAGCUAAGAUUCGCCAAUAAGCCAAAUACCCAUGACAGCGUAACUGGCAUAAUAGCUAAUUUUACAUAUAAAAUAUCUCUGUUUUUUUUUUUAAUAACAUAGAAAAAUAAUGUUCUACGCAUAUCGUUUAUACUA